UUUAGUAUUUACAGAAAUGUAACAGUAUUAAUGGUAAGCUUAACAUUGUUCAAAAUUCAAAGGAAAUAUUUAUAUUUUUAAUAUUGCUAUUUCUAUACAUUUUGGAUAUGAAUUUUGGUGAAAUGGGUAUCAUGUACUGCAGACUCAUGUUCCGCCUUAGGGCUGUUUCUUAGACUAUGUGUCCUUUUCACAGUCUGUACAUAACAUUUCAUAAUUAUACUAAUGUUCCUACAUACGCACCAGAAAGCUCCUAAUCCAGUGACAAAGACCGUAUUUAUGUAACAUUGUUUAUUCAACAGAGCACAGUUGAAGCUUGGGGUUUUAGAACUGGAUCUGCAACUUGUUAAUCUGCAUUAAAAAAAAAUGCUUUAUUUCAACAUUUGGUAUUUCAACAUGUUCAGUAGAUCUGUAGUCAAGGAAACGUUAAAAUACCUGCAUGUACUGUAUGUAAAGAUUGUAAAUAAUCAGUGAGAUACCAUCAAAUAAGUUUAUUUAUCAAUAGGAUACUAAUGAGAUAGUGUAACGUCAGAGAUGACUGAAAAACGUCAUCACAGUUAAGAAAUAUCCUAUCUCUAUUACAGCGCUUAAAAUAUUUGACUUGUUAUGUAAUACUUGUUUUUUUUUUGUUGUUGUUGUUGUUCAUGAAGCAACCCUUAAAACUGUAAACAUCUGCAAAGGCAGUGACCGAAAAUGUCCAAUUGCUGCCCUGUGUAUAGGGAAACAAGUAUGGUGUUGUAACAGUACAACCUAAACUGAAGAGUAUUGUAGCUCUUCAGGAUUCAUUAAAGGGUGCUGGAAUAAUAUAAAAUAAAAACACUUUUAAGACAAAAAAAACAAAAAAAAAACAUAAUGAAGGUUGUUGGGUUUUAUCUGUAAAACCAGAAGCAAAUGCGAUAGUCAAAGUCUCCAAGAACUGUGGCAGAUUCUCCAAUAUGCUUAGAAAAACUGACCAAUUUCCUUUUAAAACAAAUUGAGGCUACUGAUGCAUUUUUUUAAACUAAAGGGUCACAUCAAAUACUGACUAAUAUUGAGGUUUAUGCAGAAAAGUUUAAUUUCAUUAUUAUUGAAGGCAUCUUUGCUUUACAGCAUUUACCUACAUGUGCUCCCAAAGACUGCAUAUUACCAUAUUUUGCAUACUGUAUUAUAGUUGCUAGUACUGAGAGUUUAUUUGCUUCUGAAGGCUCUUACUACUUUAUAAUAUUCAUGUAAUUAAAUCACUUUCCUGGUUUCUGGAAUUAAGUGAAAGAAUGCUGGCACACCUGCUGUCCUUCGGCCGCUCUCUGCUGAGAAGGAAAAAUGUGGACUGUCUCGAGGAUUCCAAGCUGUGUCGUUGCCUCUCCACAGUGGACCUCAUUGCUCUGGGUGUGGGCAGCACACUAGGCGCCGGAGUCUAUGUCCUUGCCGGAGAAGUCGCCAAAGGCAACUCCGGCCCUAGCAUUGUCGUGUCUUUCCUCAUAGCCGCUCUGGCCUCUGUCAUGGCAGGCUUGUGCUACGCUGAGUUUGGAGCUCGGGUGCCCAAGACAGGCUCUGCAUAUCUGUAUAGCUAUGUGACAGUAGGGGAACUCUUGGCUUUCAUCACGGGAUGGAACCUGAUUCUCUCAUAUGUCAUAGGGACCUCAAGUGUUGCCAGAGCUUGGAGUGGAACAUUUGAUGAACUAGUAGGGGGCCAUAUUGAGCAGUUCUGCAAAUUACACUUCAGAAUGAGCCUGCCUGGCCUGGCAGAAUAUCCCGACUUCUUUGCAGCUUGCCUUAUAUUACUACUCUCAGGUCUUCUCUCCUUUGGGGUUAAAGAGUCAGCAUGGGUCAACAAAAUCUUUACUGCCAUCAAUGUGCUUGUGCUUAUGUUCGUCAUUGUCUCUGGUUUCGUCAAAGGAGAUUCUUACAACUGGAAGAUAUCAGAAGAAUCCCUUAUAAAUGUGACGAUUGUGACAAGAAAUCUGUCCUACACGGGAAAUGUUACCAGCGAUUACGGUGCUGGUGGAUUUUUGCCUUAUGGCUUCAGUGGAACCUUGGCUGGUGCAGCCACAUGCUUCUAUGCAUUUGUAGGAUUUGAUUGCAUUGCCACCACAGGUGAGGAGGUGAAGAAUCCUCAGAGGGCUAUUCCCAUUGGUAUAGUUGCUUCCCUGCUGAUUUGCUUCUUGGCUUACUUUGGUGUGUCUGCUGCUCUUACUCUCAUGAUGCCGUACUAUCUUCUGGAUGAGAAGAGUCCUCUUCCUGUGGCCUUUGACUAUGUUGGCUGGGGUCCUGCUAAAUAUGUGGUCGCAGUGGGAUCCCUGUGUGCACUAUCAACCAGCCUGUUAGGUGCCAUGUUUCCUCUGCCACGCAUUCUGUUUGCCAUGGCGCGAGAUGGCAUACUUUUCAGAUUUCUUUCCAAAGUGAGUAAGCGUCAAUCACCAGUGGCUGCCACAAUGGCAGCAGGCACCAUAGCGGCUAUCAUGGCUUGCCUUUUUGACCUAAAAGCCUUAGUGGACAUGAUGUCCAUUGGCACUCUGCUGGCAUACUCUUUGGUCGCUGCUUGUGUUCUUAUUCUCAGGUAUCGUCCUGACUCUGUGCUUGAGAACUCUAAAACUAAUGAGGUUGGGGAGUCUGAGCUGACUGAGUCUGAGUCUCAUCUCAAUAGGCUGAAAGAUGGGGAAAUGUCUCUGCAUACUCUCUUCAAUCCUUCCCUGCAGCCCACAAAGAACUCAUCCACUGCUGUUAACAUGGCUGUCGGGGUCAUAGCAAUUGUAGUGUGUGUCAUGAGUGCACUUACUACACAUUAUGGACAAGCCAUUCUUGCUUUGGAGCCCUGGGUCCUGGGAGUGCUGGCAGCAUCUUUUCUCAUCUUUUUCAUAUGUAUCGUCUUGGUCUUUAGACAACCGCAGACAAGCAAAAAGGUGUCCUUCAUGGUUCCCUUGCUACCCUUUUUGCCCAUUCUGAGUAUAUUUGUCAAUGUUUACCUCAUGAUGCAGCUGAGUGGAGACACGUGGAUCCGUUUUUCUGUUUGGAUGGCUGUGGGUUUCCUUAUUUAUUUCGGUUAUGGGAUGUGGCACAGCAGUGAGCACCAGAGGCAGCGACAGAGCACUGAAAAUGCACCAGAGAAACAGAGGAUGUUUUUAAAGGAUGGUGCUGUGGACAAAUACAUCCAAUCAGAGAAGUCCAGCCAGCUUUAAAUAGUGUGUUGCUGUUUACUGCUGAUUUAGCCUUAAAACUUUGUGUGUAACAAGCCAUUGUGCUUUACCAUCUGAGACACCAGCUCAGUUCUGAGCCCAAUGUCAGGCAUGGAUUGACAUUGCUUUCUCUUUUAAGAUCUACAGAUUAAUAUUGACAUGAAUGCUGUGAUUUUUGAAAUAUGUAUGAAAUAUGAUCAUACAAGAAUGAGAGGAAGAAGUGUCUUAACUUGAAAUGAAGACUGGAUUUCACAUGUUAACCGACUAACUGUUAACACUACAUCUUCAAUAGCAUAAGGUUUUUCAGACGCAUAGAGAAUAGCUGGGCCAAAGAACGUUAUCAGCCAGAUUUUAAUUUCCUUUUUCAUUAUAAAUUCCCAUAACCUAAAUACAAAUAAUAGACUAGUUUUUCAUGUUGUUUUUUUAAAAACCAUAAUCAAUAUUUUGACUGCAUGGUCUUUGCGAUUCAUUUUCAUUGCUAUGUUUAGGCCUUUCUUAAGAUUAAAGAUUAAUUUUAAAAUAAACAAAAAAGAAUUUUAAUUUCAAAGGGCCUAUAAUAGGACUAGUGUUUUUAAUUUUAAGAUAGCACAGUGAGUUUUAUACUACAGUGUGUCUCAAAGGUCUCCAUAUAUACAAUAUGGGACUAUGUAAGUCAUCACCACAGCGGUUGUGUCUUCGUCAGUGGAUGUUCAUGGGCGUCCACCUCUCGGUCGGUCCGCAAUACUUCCAGUCUUUUUGAAUUUGUUAAGAAGUUUGGCGGCAGUGUUGUGUGUGAUGUGCUUGCCACUUACGACAGCUUCCCGAUUCAGCCAAGAGAAUGAUUUCAAUAUGUUCUUCUCUCGUCAAAGGUAUUCUUAAAGGCUAUCUGAAUAUACAAUGCCCUCCACUAAUAUUGGCAUCCUUGGUAAAUAUGAGCAAAGACGGCUGUGAAAAAUUGUCUUUUUUAUCGUUUAACCAUUUGAACGUUUGUUAAAAAAAUUCACAAAAAUACACGGCUCUCAUGGAUAUCAAACAAUUGCAAACAAAACAGAGGUUUAUCCCCCCAAAAUAUAUUUGUUAAAUAUAGGUAUGCAACAAUUAUUGACACCCCUAUGAAUUAAUAUGGGAAAAAUAUAUUUAAAGUAUAUUCCACAUCUAGGUGACUAGGAACAGGAAAUUGUUCAACCAUGACUUCCUGUUUCAUAUGUGUAUAAAUAUGAGGUGACACAUAGGUCAAAUUCCCUUAGUCAUUCGUAGCAAUGGGUAAGACCAAGGAAUAUAGCUGUGAUGUGCAGCAAAAGGUUGUUGAGCUUCACAAAAUGGGAAGUGGCUAUAAGAAAAUAGCAAAAGCAUUGAUAAUGCCUAUUUCCACCAUCAGGGCAAUAAUUAAGAAGUUCCAGUCAACUGGAAAUGUUAUGAAUCAACCUGGAAGAGGACAUGUGUCUACAUUGUCUCCAUGCACUAUGAAGAGGAUGGUUUAAGUGGCCAAAAAAUCUCCAAGGAUCACAGCUGGAGAAUUGAAGAAUUUAGUUGCGUCUUGGGGUCAGAAAGUUCCCAAAACUACAAUCCAAAGUCACCUACAUCACCACAAGUUGUUUGGAAGGAUUUCAAGAAAAAAGUCUCUACUCUCAUCCAAAAACAAACUCAAGUCUUCAGUUUUCCAGACACUACUGAAACUUCAAAUGGAAUCGGGUUAUAUGGUCAGAUAAACCAAAAUAGAGCUUUUUGGCAAUAAACACCAGAGGUGGUUUUGGCACACACAGAGAGGUAGCCAUAUGGAAAAGUACCUCAUGCCCAUGGGGAAAUAUGGUGGUGGCUUUUUAAUGUUUUGGGGCUGUUUUUCUGCCAGAGGACCUGGACAUUUUGUUAGGAUACAUGGCAUCAUGGACGCUAUCAAAUAUCAACAGAUAUUAAAUGAAAACCUGACUGUCUCUGCCAGAAAACUUCAAAUGAGCUGUGGUUGGAUCUUCCAGCAGGACAAUGAUCCAAAACAUACAUCAAAAUCAACACAAAAAUGGUUUACUGACCACAAAAUCAAGGUCCUGCCAUGGUCAUCUCAGUCCCCUGACUAGAAACCCAUAGAAAACCUGUGAGAUGAACUGAAGAGGAGAAUCCACCAGUGUGGGUUUGAUGGAUUGAAGGAUCUGGAGAGAUUCCUUAUGGAGGAAUGGUCUCAGAUCCCUUGCCAUGUAUUCUGGAAUCUCAUCAGGCAAUAUAGGAGAAGACUCAGAGCUGUUAUCUUGGCAAAGGGAGGUAGCACAAAGUAUUGAGUAAAAGGGUGCCAAUAAC